AAUUAUGACGAAUUCUGAUUCAUCCUCUAACUCCUCGGAAAUUGAAGAGCCCACUCCUAAAAAAUUGAAACAGACACCGACAGAGAAAGUGAAAAAAACUAGAAAGACAUUUGAGCGUACGGAACCAAAAGCGUCGUCAUCCAGUAAGUCUGGGCCAAAUGGCGAAAAAGGGCGAUCUCCGGGGUCUCAAGAAACUGGGAGAGGAAUGUCGAAAGCCAGCAAUGGUGUAUCUGGGAACGCAAACGUGGGAAGUACGGACAUCACAAACAGGACUGGAGGUGCCUAUAUUCCACCGGCGAAACUAAGAAUGAUGCAAAAAGAGAUAACUGACAAGUCUAGUGAGGCGUAUCAACGACUUUCUUGGGACUUGUUGAAAAAGAGCAUCCAUGGGCUGGUGAACAAAGUGAAUGCGGCCAACAUCACACAAGUGGUGCAGCAACUUUUCUCCGAGAACCUCAUCCGCGGAAGAGGUCUCUUCGCCAAGUCUGUGCUUGAAGCCCAAGCAUUCUCCCCAACCUUCACUCCAGUGUAUGCAGCCUUAAUUGCCGUCGUUAACAGCAAAUUCCCACAAAUUGGGGAAUUAAUUCUGCGACGUCUAGUGUUGAACUUCCGCAAGUUCUACCGACGCAACUCGAAACAGCAGUGCAUCACUUCCUUGAAGCUGAUAGCACAUCUUGUCAACCAGUCGGUGGCUCACGAAGUGCUGUCUCUGGAGAUCCUGCUUCUGCUGCUCAAGGAUCCAGUGACCGAUGCGGGAGUGGAGCUUGCCAUAUCUCUGGUGAAAGAAGUGGGCCAGAAACUGACGGAAGUGUCGCCCAGAGGAAUGAACUCAAUAUUUGAGCGUUUGCGUCAAAUUCUGCACGAAGGAGGCGCCGUUUCCGAGAGAGUGCAAUACAUGAUUGAGCUAGCGCACGCAGUAAGGAAAGACGGCUUCAAAAGCUACCCGUCAGUACCCACGAACAACGCAAACAAUGCCUCUACUUCGGAAUCCAGCUCGAAAACAGGAAACAAAGGUGUAGGGUCCUCUGGAGGUCCUAGAAGGGAUAAAGAGGAACCACAGGAAGCGUUGGUGACUCACAGCUUGGACUUGGUGUGUGAUGGUGACCAGAUGACUCACCUUUUGAGACUGGAUGAAGUGGAACCGCCACAGACACAGGACACCCUCAAUGUGUUCCGAAGUGACCCAAAAUAUGUGGAGAAUGAGGCCAAGUAUGAGAAGAUCAAGCGAGCCAUUCUGGGUGGAGACAGUGACGAUGAAGAAGGGGGAGGGGACAGUGGGUCGGAGGGGGACACGGAAGAGGGAGACGAUAGCGAAGAAGAGAGUGCGAAUGAGGCUGGAGGUGAAACUGGCCUGGAGAGCUCAGCGUCCACCCAGAAGAUAGUGGACAAGACGGAGACUGAUCUCAUGGGGCUGCGGAGGACUGUCUACCUCACCAUUCAGAGCUCACUCACCUUCGAGGAGUGCGCACACAAACUACUUAAAUUGGACAUCAAAGAGGAUCAAAUGAUGGAGUUGUGUCAGAUGGUGGUGGACUGCUGUGGACAACAGAGAAGCUACGAGAGGUUCUAUGGACUCCUAGCCAGCAAGUUCUGCCUCUUACGCAAGGAGUACAUGCAGGGCUUCGAGACCAUCUUCAAACAGCAAUACGAAACCAUCCACCGUCUAGACUCGAACAAACUGCGCAAUGUGGCCAAACUUUUCGGUCAUAUGCUUUACUGUGACGCCUUGCCAUGGACUGUGAUCGAGUGCAUCCAUUUGAACGAAAACGAGACAACCUCAUCGGGUAGAAUUUUCAUCAAAUACCUAUUCCAAGAGCUAUCCCAACACAUGGGCUUACCGAGACUCCAUUCAAGACUGAGUGACCCGACGAUGGCAGUUUACUUCGAAGGGAUAUUCCCGCGAGACAACCCUAAGCAUACCCGCUUUGCCAUUAAUAUGUUCACCUCAAUUGGACUGGGAGGACUGACGGACGAACUGAGGGCCCAUAUUGCAUCUGUUUCAUCCACAACUAACAUAAACGGAGCCCCCAACGUGGCCCUUCCGAAGAGAGAAGGGAUGGAUGAUAGCUCAGAUGACUCAUCAUCAGAGGACGACAGCAGUGACAGUAGCAGUAAUUCAGACUCCACCUCCUCCGAGGAUCCUCAAGACAACAACGGCAAAAGAUUACACGAGCUGCACAGGGAAGUCAUAAGCAACAGUCUGCACACAAGUCCCCACAGAGGAGUGAAGAACGAGGUGAUGGUUGAUGAGUGGAACAGUCACAGUGCGGGUGGGACCCCCUCUCGCCAGAGACAUUGCAAGGGAUCCACCACCAGGGACAAUAUACUCCGCAGGGCCGCCAUAGAACAUCACAGGAAGCAAUCCCGCAAACUUUCUUCUAGUUCAGAAGAUGAAGCCAACAACAACACGCCCCAACGAAAACCGCAUAGUCGACCCGGAACUCCAAAUAUCAACAGUCUGUCCCGACAAAAAAGACAACAACAACAACCUACUACUGAAAGCAGGAAACUUAAAGAAUCCAAAGAUGGUGCUAACGACCAAACAGGUCGCAACAAAUCGCCUAGCCGAAAACAACAGCACAGUUCAUCUCGUGACCGAAAUGCGACACGAAAAGAGCAACAUGAUAAAAAGGAUGGAAACGGAUCGGAAAGUAGAAAAGAGCGAUCAGUGUCACAGGAAAGGAGAAAAGAUAGGACACGUGAGAGAAAACAGAGAAAAAGCUCACGAGAAAGGAGGAACUUGCCAGAGGCCCGCGUGAAACGAGAACCAUCAGAUUGCCGAAAUUCGUCGCCAGAAAGACCCCGACGAAAUCAGUCAAGAGAACGACGAAGAAAAAGUAAAGAUCGAAGCAACUCUCCAGCCAGAACGACUUCUCGGAAGAAUCGAAGUGGUUCGUCAUCUAGCAGAGAUCGUCGGAAGACUCGAGACACAGAUAAAGAGAACAGGAAAGGCGACAAAAAUGGUUUGUAUUCAAAAGAGGUGAAAAAAGUAGGAUCAGGACUGAAUGUGGCAGAUACAUUGGGCCACGAAAUAGUAUCGCAAUACGAUAAACUGAAAGAAGAAAUGAUCAAAGAUUCGAAACAUAAAAAGGAAUCGAAGCGUUCUGAACGCAAAAGCAGUGCUAACAGAGAUUCGGUUGCAGAUGGCCGAAGAAGAAGAAAACGCUCAGAGUCUAAUUGAGCGUAUGAAAAAUUAUGGCUAUAUGUUCUCUUUUUAUUUGCUGAUUUAUUAUUUAUGUUCUAUAAGUUUUUGUCAAAGCGAUUUGUAACAGUAUAUAAGAUUCCCCAUUCAUUUUGGCAGAUGUUUUAAAUAUUCUUUACUAGAAAUAGAAUUGACC